AGAGAAAUCUACAGACUUAACUGAGAGAAAAGAGAAGAGAAGAGAAGAGGGGAGAGAGAAAAAUAAUUUGCCGUCUGAUCUACGUCAAGAUGUCAUACUCGAGGAGAUCAAGUUAUAGGUCCCCUUCACCUUACAACAAGCGCUACAGUAGGUCUGUCUCGAGGUCUCCGUCAAGGAGUAGGUCAAGGAGCUGUGAUUCCAGUGAUGCUGAGAAUCCAGGAAAUAAUCUGUACGUGACUGGACUUUCCACCCGUGUGACAAAGAGAGACCUCGAGAAGCAUUUCUCAACUGAAGGAAAGGUUGAAGAUGUUCACCUUGUCGUCGAUCCAUGGACAAGGGAAUCGCGAGGGUUUGGUUUCGUGACUAUGUCCUCUCUGGAUGAGGCCGAAAGCUGCAUCAAAUACCUGGACCGAUCUGUUCUUGAAGGCAGGGUUAUAUCUGUGGAGAAGGCUAAACGACGAAGGGGACGGACACCUACUCCGGGGAGGUAUCUUGGGCUGAAAACAGUUCAUGUGCGCCGCCGAUCUCCUAGCUACUCACGCGACUCUAGAAGCCCUUCUCGUUAUUCGUCUGAAAGGGAUAGGAGCCGCAGCAGAUCAUACUCUCCCUGUUACCAUCGACGGCGCAGAUCAUACUCUCCUCCCUAUUACCGUGGACGCCGCAGAUCAUACUCGAGGGGGAGGUCAAAUUCUCCGUAUUACAGGCGCAGGAGGUCUUAUUCUCGUUCCCGUUCUCCAUCCUAUAGCAGGUCUCCUGUAAGCAGGCGGGACCGUUCCUACUCCCCAUACCACAGGGACAACUCGCCUUAUUACAGAAGACGCAACAGAUAUCCACUGGAUUAUUCUCCUGAUUAUAGAUACUGUCGAAGGAGCCGAUACCGAAGCAUUUCACCCAGGUAUAGGCGGUCUUACAGGAGGAGUUACUCGCGUAGCGUCUCUUCUGGGCGCUCACGGAGCUACUCUCGCAGUCCAACCCCUAGAUACUCACGAAGAAGCUACUCUAGAAGUGCGUCGCCAUCUCCAGCGAGGAAUACAUCACCCAGAUCACUUAGGAGCUUGAAAAGGAGCAUCUCCCCGCCCAAACGUGCGCCAUCUCGUUCAUCGAGAAGCCAUUCUAGGAGUCCAAGUGCAUCUUCGUCCAGAUCUGUUAGUCCUAGGCGUUAGCUUCUAAUCUGCCUCUUCUUGUAUAAGCUUUAGGGUUGGUUAUGUGCUGGGUUUUCUCAUAUUUAGACUCACUGAGUUGGUGCAUGGAACUAUGUCAUUGUUAAUUUACUGCUAUGCUAUGUUAAUUUUUAUUAUCUGAAA